CAUUAAUAAUUUAAACUUAUUAGGACAUUCAAAGGUAAUUUAUAAUAUUGCAGAAUAUACAUUGUCGUAGUUUUGGCAUUUAAGUCUGAUUUUGGCGAAGGUAGCUGAUUUUAAAAUGAUUAGUCGCGAUUUAAUCCGAUAUACAUUUUAUUGGCCACAACUUUACAGUUGUAAAUCUAUAUAGAAGGGAUCUUUUUUAAUGUAAAAAAAAAGAUUUUUGAAUUGUUUAAGUAUUUUACUGUGUUAUGUUAAACGCGUGGCUGUGUGGAAUAAGUUCAUAUAAAGAUAUGUUAUAAACAACUACAUCUUUAUAGAAGGUUUAAAUGGAUUUUAAAAUAAAGUUUAGCAAAUAAGGAAAACCCCGUUUACAGAAAAGAAGAUGAGUUCUAACGACAAAGCAGCGUGGGCGAAAUAAACUUUAGGACGUUUUAGUUAACGUUUAUGCUCAAAUAAGUGAUCACAAUUAUUCUAAAUAGCUUUUUGGUAGGAUUGAUUUUAAUGAACAGGGAUAUAAACAUUUCAGUGUUCUCGAGUGCGACAGAAGCUUUUAAAAUGACUUUAGUCGUAUAAAUCAACAUAGUGCGGGAUCAUGUCAUUCAAUUUAUAACUAUCGCACAAAUUUUAACACACUGCCGUGACCUUCUUUUUGAAGAUUUAGAUCAUGGGUGAUAACCCAGUGUCAACAUCAGCUUCGACGCAACGAAAGCUUCCAAUACCUUCGAGUGGUGCCAAUACAAACUCCGCUUUCAAAGGAAUACUGAUAAAGCCCAAAAGAAUUCUACCGGCUCAACCCGAUAACCCAAAACUGAAAAGAAACUCUCAGCAGACGAAUGGGUCUGAAUUUAAAGCAGACGAAGUGAUCAAUGAAACUUCUUCGCGGGCGGAUUUUAAUCCAUCUUGUAAAAGUGAAAAUGCAAAUAAGAAUUCUUCACACAAAGUUACAAUACCUAAACUUCUGAUCGAUGUAGAUAGGCUAAAGACACAUUUUCAGUUACACGGUAAAGCGACCGGGCGAUCAGAUAGUCGUAAAAAGGACUUCAACGAGAAUGAGAUACAGAAAAAUACUGAAAAUGAAUCGGUACGGUCACAAACUGAGUGUACUAAUGUAACUAGUGAAUUUUUGUCUAACGAAAAUAAAUUGUAUGAUUCGGUUGGAUUAACUAAUUUGAAAGUUAAAGAAUGGUGCUCAUCUGGUGAACUGGCUAAUAUGACAGCCAAAAUGUCAGCAGAUUCAACAACGACAAAAUCAAUCGAAAGGAGUAUUCGUUCUCCGUCCCCAAAAAGCAACACGACUUGGGACCGGUCCAGCUCGGGAUACAGUAGUGACGAGCGGGCCGAUCCUCGGUCACCCCCACCCAGUCAUAGUGCGAGUGCUAGUGUAAGCUCUAAAACCGAGACUGAGCUCACAAAUGACGAUGAUGUGUUAGCUUCUAACACUGAAGAUGCCAGUGAAAAUCAGACUGAUAUUGAAAACGAAGAGGAAUCUGAAGAAUUGCCAUCACAAGAUAGGGACAAUAGUGACGAUCAAACAUUAAGUGCAGAAAAUAGUGCAAGUUCGAAUUCUUCUAAUUCUUUAGGUACCACACAGACUAGUGACAACGAAGUACUUAUUGCUGACAGUGAUAGUACGCAAUGUGUAUCUUGUGAAGCAAACAAUAAUGGUGCCGAUAAAAACGAAACAACGAAUUCUUGUGUUAGUUUACCUUUUGAUAAUUCAGUUGGCUCUAAGCAAAAUGCGAAGCGGUCGGCGUGGACCGCGCAUUCACCUUUACCGGGAAAUGGCAGGAUACAGUACCGGAAGUCCGUAAGUGAGUCUAUGAUCAGUUUACGACACACCAGUCGACAGGGUAUGGUGGAAAAUAACUUUGAUGGACUUGAAGUAUGUGGUAAAUCUUUUCCGCAAUCAGCAAGUAAUAACAUUGCCGCCAAAAGUGACUCUACGCCACAAGAUGGCGCUAAUUGUGAAGCAAGUGGUCGGCAAGAAAUUCUUAGCCCGACAUCAGCGUUUGUUCAUGUUCCACGAUUAGGAACGUCUAUUGGAAGUGAACUGCAACAAAACGACGCUAGUGGUCAAGAAAUGACACCACGGUCACGGCUUUUGCGCAACUCCCUACCGCAGUUUCGUAAUCCAAGGGACAUAAAAAGUCUGGGACUCGGACCUAACGUAAAACUUACCUCAGCCAAAGAUGAUAAAGACAUAAGAAAAACAUUACAUGACCUAAAUUCCCCAAGAAAGCAGCCGAUUGGCGGGAAAUCGCUACCAAUUAGGGCGCGACACCCGAUUCAACCAAUACAUGUCUAUGACACAAUGACAAAUCAGCCAAUUGGAACAGCUGUUUCAAAUGGCCAGCGCAGUGCGGUGUCAGAUUCAGGGAAAUACGGAAUUCAUUUCAGUAAGAAAAUGUGGCGGGCUCCAUCCGGGCAGCCCGAGAACGCGCAAACAAGACCCUUUUCACCAUUUGGAGGAACCCUACCCCCAGCUAAGAUAAAAGAGCACGAAAAGAAGAAGCAUGAAGACGAGGACGAUUCCUAGACGGAAUGGAAGUGUCUAAUUAUUAUUUAUUAACAUAGUCUUCGGACAGGAGGUGUACUCGGUUUCUUACCGCAUGUUUAUGUACGUCCAGGCCAGUACUUCAAGCAAACGACAAAUCGGUACAGGAGGUGAUCGAGGAAAUUUUUUUCUCGAAUAUGUUCAUAUAUUGUUCACAAGAGUUUAAAUAGUGCUUCGUUUCCGUCCAGAAAACAUUUCUCAUUGAGAAAUGAUUUAUUUCACCGACAAAUAUAGUGUUUUGCUGAAAAUGCUAUGAUUCUUAGGAGUUUUUUUCAUGGAGUUUUAUUUCAUCACUGCGUAUCGUAUUCUGAGAGCUAAGGAUUUGAUAAUUCAUAAGAGCACGUGACUACAAAAAAUACCGCUAUAAGGGUGAUACAUUUUUCAAAAUGUGAGAAAGAAGAAACGUUGUUGGGUUGUUUUUAGGUUGAUGGAGAAACAUAGUGUUUUUUUUUCUUCUGCGCUCACAGGAUCGAUCUGCUCUUCUUCAUGUCACAAGUCACUAAGAAACAUUUUUUCACCCGAGAUUUCAUUUGGUUCUUUCAUCAUACACUUCUGAACAUAGAAAGUUCAUAAUUUUUAGAUAGCACAUUUUUCAGUACGCAAAUUGAGAUCUAUAGCUAUUAACUAUCUUAAAAUUGUGUUUAUAUGAGAAAAUUAGAAACAAAGUUGAACAUUAGUUAUAUGUCUGUUACAUUGAUAAGUUUUUGUAUUGUUUAAAAUGUGAUGUUUUCAAUUAGAGAUCAGCUUUAUUAUAAAGAAAACUCGAUCUGUAGCUGGAAAUUAUUUAAUUGAAUACAGACAUAUAUCAUGGCGUUUUCAGUGUCAAUCUUCAAUAUUCACGUUAAAAGUGUUUAUAUCUAUAUGCGGAAUAAAAAAAAACUAUGUAGUAUAAUUUAUUUGAAUUUUGCAUGAAGCUAUAAAGUUUUCAUUCUUCCUACAUGUUAAAUCUGACUAAAGUUAUGACCGACUUAUUUCUUACUACUGAGCGAAGUCAAUGAUGUUUUAACAGACAAAAAAAACAGAAGAUAAUCUUUAUUCGAAUUUAAAUAUGGACAUAGAAAUAGAAUAAUUAUAUAGAUCUGUACACUAACAACAAUUAUACUGAAACGUUUCUAUGCUAUCAAUGCUUUGAUAGUUUGAAAGGGUUCGAUAUUCUAGAAUGGUUUUCAUUAACAAGAAAAUAAGUAAAGAUGCCAGUAAGAUACGAUAGACAUACGUUUUCCGUUCUGUGAAUGGAAAAAUUAAACAUGCAUGAAGUCGGAUAUGACAGCAAAAAGCCAAAGAACUUAGAACGUUUUAACUUUUCCAAGAAAUGUAUUUCCAUGUAUCCUUAGACAUUCUAUAUUCUAUGAUCAUGUAAGAAUUGGGACCAAUUUCAAAUGAUUUUGCAUGUUUUUAUCUGAAAUACUGCAUGAAUUGAACCAUUCAGGUACAUUUGC